AUGCCAAAACAACCGAACAUCCUCCUCUUCAUCAGCGACCAACAGCGCACAGACACCCUGCGGUGUUAUGGCAACGACUGGAUACAAUCGCCACAUCAAGACGCCCUCGCAGAACGCAGCUUUGUCUUUGAAAACACCUACGUCACACAACCCGUAUGCACCCCUGCGCGCGGCUCGCUCAUGACCGGCCUGUACCCGCACAACCACGAAUGCAUGGUCAACCGCGAUAUCUUGCGCGACGAAAUCCCAUCCAUCGCAGAAAUGCUACCCGACACCUAUCGAAAAGCCAUGUUUGGAAAAUGGCACCUCGGCGACGACUCUGUGCGACAGCACGGCUUUUGA